GGUCCCGCCCCCCGCCGGGCCGCCAUGUUCGUUCCUUCCGCAGCGCCCGGCGGCGGUGGCGCAGCCCGGCACCGGGACCGGCGGCAGGAGCGGCCCCAGGCCCUUCCCGCGGGCAGGGAUCGGCCUCCCCAGCGCGCCCGGGAGCGGCGGCACUUUCCUUCCCGCGCUCUGGAGCCGAGUCAGAUUUUUGGAAACUUGCAGAUCUGCUAUAGGCAACAAGUUUAACCACUGUAGUGAUUGAGGGCUGAGAAAUGUAAAACCUCCUCAAACAGUCUAGGAAACCAGGAGGAUCUUUUCCCAUAACAAUGGCAGCAAAAUCAUCACUUCUUAAAGUAAUACUGCUGGGAGAUGGUGGAGUUGGGAAGAGUUCCCUUAUGAACAGAUAUGUCACCAACAAGUUUGAUGCACAGCUGUUUCAUACAAUAGGUGUGGAAUUCUUAAAUAAAGAGUUGGAAGUCGAUGGACAUUUUGUUACAAUGCAGAUCUGGGACACAGCAGGUCAGGAACGGUUUAGGAGCUUGCGGACUCCUUUCUAUAGAGGUUCAGACUGUUGCCUGCUAACCUUCAGCGUGGAUGACUCUCAAAGCUUCCAAAACUUAAGCAACUGGAAGAAAGAAUUCAUUUAUUAUGCAGAUGUCAAGGAGCCUGAAAGUUUUCCAUUUGUGAUACUUGGUAACAAAGUUGAUAUCGAUGAAAGGCAAGUGUCUACAGAAGAAGCCCAAGACUGGUGCAGGAAUAAUGGCAACCAUCCCUAUUUUGAAACCAGUGCAAAAGAUGCCACUAAUGUUGCAGCAGCCUUUGAAGAAGCUGUUAGAAGAGUUCUAGCCUCUGAAGAUAGAUCAGAUCACUUUAUUCAAACAGAUACAGUAAAUCUUCACCGGAAACCAAAACCCAGUUCAUCUUGUUGUUGACUUCAAUUUCUUUUUGCCAAAUUACUGUUGACUAGCUUGCUCUGUAAAAGAACGGGGAAGGUGUAGUAGAUAGAGUAACAAAUGGAUUUCAUUCUAAUAUCAAAAUCAUAAUAUUCUGCUGCUUUCAUGAGGGAGAAAAAGAAAAUCUCCAUUCAUGAGUGACCCAUUAUUGAAUAAGUGAUGCUUUCUGUUUAGGAAGACAUCAAGUAAAAAAAAAUAUAGGAAUGUAAUUUGCCAACUUUAUUCAAAUGAUAAAUAUUUUGAAUAUAAUUAAAACUUGAAAGUUCUAGAAGCACUACUUUGGAGAAGCUAUUCUGGAAUUCAGGCACAAAGAUACUUUUAUAUGUGUAUAUUUUUAUGAAAUCAGCAUUCCACUUUUGUUUUGUUAGAUGUCAGUUUCUUAACAAUGCUAGGUAUUAAACUUCAGUCUCACUACAUUCCUUUUGCUGUGAGUGGUAUUUCAUCUCUAAUGUGGUUAUUGUAAAUUAAUAUAAAUUAUGUCCAGGUCUUCUAAUUGCCUAAUGUUGCUAUAAUUUGUGUAGGUUUAUAAGUAGGAAAUAAGUUUCCUGCAUAUUUAAUGUCUGUUUUUUCCCCAUCUACUAUUCUAAUGCUGCACUAAUUUUUCCAGUGGUUUAAUGCAAAAUACUGAUCAUUUUUAAAAUUGUGUGUCGUUGCCUUAAGUCCAUUCUAGCAUGUUUCUACACAAUAAGGUGAAAAAUCUGGGUAACUGAAGUAUAACCAUUUUUUGAAAAAGAAAUGCUUUAUUCAGUCAGCUUUAAUAGUACUUGAAAGGAUCCACAUUGUGACAGUUUUUUAGGAAAAUUCCUCGUGUACAGCCUUAGAAGUUCCAAACUUCUUGUUCCUGUUAACCUGAGCUAUGAAUGUGUUUACCAGUAAUAUCUGCACUGUGAUAUUAAGGAUUGGCAAUAUGUAGAGAACUCAGGAAGCUCUUACAGUAGAUUUUGACAGCUUUCAGCCCUAAUACAGAUAUAUAACUAUAGAUAGUGUUUGAGCUGAAUUUGAUCCUUAUUACAAUUGCUAUUUUAGGAUAUGGACUUAUACAUUUAAGAGAUAAUGUCUUUUAUAUUACUGAAUUAAUUUCAUAAUGAUGAACAGGAGCAAAUUCUGUGUUUAUUGGACAGUCUUUUUUGCAGUCAGGCAGACAAAAGUGCAGGUGUUCUUGAGGCUUUCAGGUGCAUUUUAAGUGGUAGAAUACUUGUAUGAGAAACUGUUGAAUAUUGGCUCUCAGAGUAACCAGUGUCCUUGCAAUAGCAAAAUUGCUAGUGCACUAUUGCUUCCAUCUGUAAUCUGACUGCUAACAGGCACACAUGUGCACAUGUAGUCUGAGAAAGGAAGUCUCAGGCUGCAGAACAGACCAUGUUAUUCAUUAAACAACUGCUUUCUGUAUGGCAACUUUUUUGUUUCAAUGGAAAAGCCUUUCUUGAGAGAACAUUACCAGCAAGCAUUUUAUCUUAAAAGUAUCUGAUCAGUCUGUACCUGGUGUAAUUAUUUUGAAGUAAAGCUUGCAAAAACAAACCCUUCUUGUUGCUCUUAGUACACUUUUCUGAAUGUAUUUUAUUCUUGCUUGAACCUGUCCAGGACUACUUUACUCUGCAGACCUGCCACUACUGUUCAGAAGUGCCAUCUUUUCAUCUUUUGUGCAUUCCUAAGACUGAUUCAUUCUUGUAGUCCUGAAUCUAUACCAACAGAACUGUGUUUUAAACUUCAGUCCCUGAGCACUUAAAUAUAGGCUGAACUGCUACUUAUGUUUAAUUUCUAGUCAAUGAAUGAAAAGAUCUGUGAAGAAAAUCUUGGCUAAAUCCCUCUUAAUCUUAGAAUGAGAGAGAUAAAGCUUUAGAAAUGAAGAUUGCUUGUGUUAGGGGCUACUAAGCCAGUGACAUGAAAUUGUUGUAAAAAUACCUAACUACUUAAAGCUUCCUUUAACAUUGAUUUUAGCAGAGAUUAAGGUUGAAACAAAACAGGAGCUGAAAAUACUGUGACUAGAGUACUAUGGAUACCAUUCAAGUAGUAUUGCUGAAAGGAAAAAAUGAAGGAUGAGAACCACUGUGGUCUUUCUUGUGCCCAGGCAUCUGUGUUUUCCCAUCUGUCCCCUUUCCAUUUAACAUCAUGGUUACCAAGCCUCCAUCUGAGAAGCUGGUUUAAUAAAGUUAAAACCUAAUCCCAUAGAAGUGUAUUACUCAUGCCCUGGGCUGCUGUAUCAUAACUGUACACUAAUCACAAAAGUGGCCAGUAAAGAUAGACAGGCAUGUACAUGCUGUAUAAAUAAGACAGUAUAGGAAUUAGGUUUAGGUCAGGAAUUGGUCUCAGAGAGAAACUACUGAGUGCCUACAGAAUCAAAAAAUUUCUGAUAAGCCUGUAACUAUAGAUGACAGGUACUAAAUCAUAAUGCUUAAUAACAAACGUUAAUUUCUGUACUUUUAAAAAGCACAUUCCAUAUGGAUGUAAGGUAGGUAUUUGUGGCUUAUGCUUCAAUUCACUGAUUUGCUACAGGGUCCUGUUAGCAGUAUUUGGAGCUCUGUAGACUGACAGCAUAUGUCUAAUAUGUAUGCAAACUUCCAGGUGUCCUUUAAAAUGAGGAGAAAAAACAACUGUUGUGGCAGAUUGGUGGGACUGCUGAAAGUUGUGCUUGCUAGAGAGCAGAAUGGGCCUAGGGCAGCUGACAGCAAACUGUAUCAAUGCUUACAUAAGCUGCUUUAACAGCUGCUCCAUACCUCAGAUGGAUCUUACUUUAAGUCACCUGGCAGGUUACCUAAACAGUAAUAGAACCUUGUAGAAGGUGGAGUCCAAGUUGCAUUUCCAGCCCAGGUUUACUAAGAUUGAUUCAUGUUAGCUUGUGCUAAUGUUCUCAUCUCCUUAUGCUUGAUUUUUAAUGACUAAGGGUAAUUCUAGUCCCUUUAACUUAUGAACUUUUUAUUGCUUUUAUUACAUAAUGCAGAUUAUCUCUGUUUUCUUGUACUGUAACAGAUUUUGUUUUGAAUUCUUAUAAGCCCCUGAGAGGGUAGGAACAUAAUCCUUGCAAAGGAGGUGAGAAACUGUUCACUGAAGUAUGCUGGAACUGCAGUCUUCAGACCUAGAGCAGAUUUGGAACUUUAGCUGACCACAAAAUAAUUUUCAUCCAUCACUUCAACUUGUGGUCUUUCAGCUGACUGUGAAGAGUCACAAACUCAAGCAUAAACAAGUGUUUGUCCAUGUGCAGAGAACUUGGAGCUACCUUGUCAAGACUUUCAGAGUUCUGCCACAAACUUUCAGAGUUCUGAACCACAAACUCUUUGACAAGGGUGAUGAGUUAGAACAUAAUAAUUCUGUUCCUGUAACAGUCUGUUUUCAUAAAGCCUAGGUGGACCUCAGUCUGCACUUCCCAUCUACAACUACUAUAUUCAGAGGAAAGAGGGAAAGAUGUAGGCGAGGCAUAAAAACAGGCACCAUUUGGCUAACUGCCUUAAGAAAUCAGGCAAGAGAGAAAAUGCUUUCAUUUUGCUUAAUGUAAAAUUAGUAAAUUUUCAAUUUGUAAUGUAAAAAUGCAGCUCCUACUGCAGCAGCAAAUGCAAUUAUAAAAAAUGUGGCUUCUAAAAGUGGUAGAAAUUGUUAGCACUAAUCCUUCAUAUUUGCCAAGCUUUUUCUUCCUGCUAAGUGUAUAAAAAUUAUUUAAGUAUUUCCUCAGUGAAACUUAACUGUUAGUAUUUUUUUCAGUCAUCAUGCUACAGGGGAGGAGGUAGAAAAUAACUGCAGCUGAGUGGCUCCUUAUCACAUGAUCAAGAAUGCUUUACCUCAAGUGUGUUUCUGUUAUUUCCAUGCAUACAGGAAAAAAAAAGUUGAUUCAUAUACAGUUACAUUAUCCAAGUGCUGUACAAUGCAGUUUAUAUGCAAUAACAUUGCAAAGACAAGUACUCCCAUCUUCACUGGCCACCCCAGUAGUUUUCUUCUAAAUCACUUCAAUUAUACUCAAGAGGCAUCCACACUACAUCAUUCCAUGUUUUAUUUAAGGUAAAUAUUGCACCCUCUUUAUCAUGUUUUUUUUUUUUCUUAUGGAACGUUUUGCAGUGACAGCUUAGCAGAAAUAAUGACUGACUAUACAUUUAUAGCACAUACACAUGUGGUCCCCUUAAUUAUACAGACUAUGCAAAAUACUUCUUAGAAUAGCAUGCCACUUCCUUUGGAAAUUACUUUUCAGUCGUGUAAAAAAAAGUAUAAGAAGAUAGUUUAUACAGAUUUGCUGCAAAAAGGAACAGAAUACUUAAGACUGUAAACCCAAGCAAAGUAUUAGGUACAUGUAUGCCAAAUGAUCUGUCUAAAAGUUACUGGUUUGGAAUGAUUUUAAGUUUUUGCAAAAUGGUCCCUAAAACAUGUUACAAUGGAAUAGAAGCCAGACCAGCCAAAUAAUGCCUUUCUGAAACCUCAACAAAUACAGCUUUGUGGUUCAAAGAUCUUCCUCUAAAUUUAUUUACAAAAAUAAAGUUUCAGCAGUUCCCAUUAGGGAA